AGGAGGGAGGAGGGAGGACGGAGCAGUUUGAGGAGGACAGUCGCGUUGUUGCUGUGUGGCGGGGCUGAUUUCAUGUGGAAAAAGGAAGAAACCGACAGAGAAAUCAGCGAACUCGCCUCUCUCUCCUGAGCGGAUUUUAUUUAUUGUCCCCCCCCGCAAAAUGUGCACCCCGUGUUGUGUCUCGCAGCUGGCCUGCUGCUGCGGCUCAGCGGCCUGCUCGUGCUGCUGUAACUGCUGCCCCAAGAUCAAACAGUCCACGGGGACACGAAUCAUGUACGCCCUCUACUUCGUGCUGGUCACCGUCAUCUGUGUCAUCAUGAUGUCCCCCACUGUGGAGCAGGAGUUGAGAGACCACAUCCCCUUCUACAGUGAGUUGUGUCAGCAGAUGAAUGCAGGGGAGAAUUGCAAAACUCUGGUUGGCUACUCUGCUGUCUACAAGGUGUGCUUCGGCAUGGCCUGCUUCUUCUUCCUCUUCUCUAUCUUCACCAUACGAGUCAACAACAGCACCGGCUGCAGGGCGGCUGUGCACAAUGGGUUCUGGUUGCUGAAGUUUAUUGUGCUGGUGGCGUGCUGCGCUGGAGGCUUCUUCCUCCCAGAAGAGGAAACCUUUCUGGAAGUGUGGCGCUAUGUAGGAGCAGCUGGCGGGUUCAUUUUCCUGCUGAUCCAGCUCAUGCUGUUGGUGGAGUUUGCACACAGAUGGAACACAAACUGGAGUUCAGGGCUCUCGUAUAAUCGUCUGUGGUACGCAGCUUUGGCUUUUGUGACUCUGAUGCUGUUCAGUAUUGCAGUAGGAGCCUUAGUCUUCAUGGGUGUGUUCUACACCGACCCCGAGGCCUGUUUAUAUAACAAGAUCUUCCUGGGCAUCAAUGGCAGCCUGUGUCUCAUCGUCUCCCUGUUGGCCAUCUCCCCGUGCAUACAGAAACUGCAGCCCACAUCAGGCCUGCUGCAGCCAGGAGUCAUCAGUGUGUACGUCAUGUACCUCACCUUCUCAGCUUUCUCCAGCAAACCAAAAGAAAUUGUGGAAAGAAAUGGUGUGAACACAACCGUGUGUGUGUUUCCCUUCAACUCUGGGACUGAGAGUGACAAGAAGAUUGUCACAGCUUUUGGAACGGUUAUCCUCUUUGGCUGCGUCCUUUACUCUUGUUUGACGUCCACCACCAGGCGAAGCUCUGCAGCGCUCCGGGUGUGCAGGAACAGUGAGCCAGAGUCUGAGAGAGCUCGCUGCUGUUUCUGUUUUGGAGAUGACACAGACGACUACGAUGAGGAGAAGACUGGUGGAGGCCAGAACGUCGUGUACGAUGAGAGGGAGGGAACCAUCUACAGCUACUCCUACUUUCAUUUCGUCUUCUUCCUGGCAUCCCUUUACGUCAUGAUGACCGUCACCAACUGGUUCCAUUUUGACGACCACAAGAUUGAGAAGUUGUUAGACGGGAGCUGGUCAGUGUUCUGGAUCAAGGUGGUCUCCUGUUGGGUCUGUCUCAUCCUCUACAUGUGGACCCUCGUUGCUCCCAUGGUCUGCCCCAAGCGCUUUGAGGCCUAGGACGCUCACCACUACACUAGAGUCAGACCACUUUCCUGAUUCUUGGGAUGUGGCCAGGCAGAAGCUCUCACGCUGAGCCAAGGGACCACCCCCUCCGCCCCCCCACCCCGCCCUUCAAACACAACCCUACACUACCCUCAGCGUUUGAAUCGGAGGACUAUCUGUUGCAUUUUGUUUUAUACGCUAGUGUUAAUUUGACUUUGUUUUACAUUGUUAAGCUGUUAAUACCUUGAUGGUAAUUUUGUUAUCUUUUACUACCACUUACUCAUGGAGUUUUGUAAUAAUUACAGAUUUAAAAUUACAGAAAGGAAUCACGGUGAUUUUUGAGACACGAGAAGCAUCCAGCCUCCGUAGAUUUCUUCAUAAUUUCAGACCUGAAAGUACAUUUUGCAAGUAUUUCCUGUGUGUGUAUGUGUGUGUGUCAGUUUUUCUUGGAGUCUCGCUUUUACCCUCAGCCAGCCAUUUCAUUUCUGUACAGUCAUAAAAGUUGUAGCAAAGUUUUGGGACAAAUUUAUUUCAGGUUAGAGAUUUUACAAGAGAAAUUGUAUUUAUUUACGUGUCUUCAGUAAUCAGAAAUCAUUCUGUAAAGGGAUGUGGUGUAAAUUGAAUUAGAUUUGUCUGGACUCUGUUGAAAAACUCAUCUCUCAGGCUCACAUUUAAGCUGUAUAUGUUUGUGCUUUGUUAUAUUGCUCCUUUUUGUAGAAGUUUUCUAUGCAACAGAACAAGCUCUUUUCGGUAUUAUGCCCAGUGUUGUGACGUUUCCACUUAGAUUACAAGGAUAAUGUUUCCAAUUUUAUUAAUGUCAGCGCUCCCUUUGAGCCAAAUCUUUUCUUAGGAAAAAUCCAUGUCAUCUGUACAACGUUUCCAAAUCAUCGUCGUUGUUGUUGUACGGGGUAGUGCUCUUCAAAUCAACCUGCCUUACAUAGGAGUGACGUUAGUUAGUGGAGUGCCGCCUCUCUGGAAGAGCUGCCGUGACACAGAUGAGGAACGUUUGCCAAAGGUAGAUGUCAGAAAACAAACUAUCAGAGAAGAGAACAUUAUGUAUUUGCAUGCACACUCAGACACUUAAAUCAGCUGUUUUCUGUACAGUUCUCAAGGCUUUUUGCCUCUGCUCCAUGUGUCAGCGCAUUAUGGUGGACAGAAUAAGGUAGCAUGAGUGCUUUUAUUAGUGAGCUAUUCAACACUGGAUGUUGACUUUACUGCCGAAUCUAAAUUCACACAAAGACCUUCACCUGUUUUUUUGUUGUUGGUUUUUUUUUUUUGCAUUUUAUAAAGAAACAAUUUAUUCACAUUGUCAACAUUGGGAGUCAUUCUCAUUUGUCAGUAAAUUAGAAUGUUCUUCUGUUUUUUUACUAACAUUUUAUAACUUAAGUGCAUAUUUUGGCUUGAGUUCUGCGAUCAGUGGGAAGUUUCAUUAAGUUUAUGCUUUAUGUAACUGCAAUUCUGUCAUGUGACUUUUCUUUUAUGGAAAUAUUUCUGCAUUUUAAUAGUUGGUAUGAAUGUAGAAAAUACAUGGUGCUCUGCAGCUUUGACAUCAGUCUAUAAAGAAAAUACGUAUAGCAGGACCCACUGUGAAGGCUGUAUAGUACAACAGAAAAACAAUUUUGGACCAAGUAGUAUGUUGAAAUACAGAGGAGUGGGUGCCUUGAAGUUGUUUGUUCUCAAUCUUUCAAUAAAUCAUCCAUUGAACGGCA